AUGAAAGAACAUGAUGUUAAUAAUAAGAUAUAUACUACAGCACCUCCUUUGCAUGUAGAUGAUAUAGUGUUGUGUAGUGAAACACCUGUAAAACCGCAAAUUCUGUAUUCAAGUAGGCCGAAAAUAAGAGAACGGGCUAGAAGUGCCAGCUUUAGAAUUCACCGACCAUCAAGUUCUGAAAGAGAUGUGGAAGAACAGAAGAAUCUGGGAAACUUGGUCAAAGAAAAACUAUCUCGGACACUGAGCUUAAGAUGGGAUAAAGACCAGAGGUCUGUGGGUCUAGGAACCAACUUAGCAUCAGCUCAAUCAAGUCCAGAUUUUACUCCAGAAAAUGAGGUACCUGAAAUGGCGAUUGGAGCAAAUGGUAUCCGCCGAGGUCCUGGCCAGGUGUUUUCUAGGAAAAUCAAACUAAGUGAUGACACAUUGGGAGACAUUAAAUUAGGGUUUCUAAUAACCAAAGGUCAACUUGAAGUACAAGUCAUCUGUGCCCGUGAGCUGAGUCUGAAUCCAUCAGGACAGCCUCCUGAUACCUACGUAAAAACGUAUUUGAAACAAGGAGAAAGACAAAUGCAGAAAAGAAAAACACGAGUUGUAAGACACUCAUCAGAACCGCAGUAUCGCCAGACGCUCAAGUACAACGCUUUAGAUACUCAAGGUCGUCGGUUAUUGGUAAUGGUAUGGGAACGACAAAAAGGUUUUGAACACAACCAACCAAUAGGGGCAGUAGAGAUUCAGUUGGACCGGUUGGAUUUCUCCAGAUUAAUGUUUUGCUGGUAUCCAUUGUAUCCAAUAUUACAUGUGGAUGUGGAGUCGAACGAAUCCACCUAAUUAUACAUAAGACAAUCUUCAUUAUUGUCGGAAUCUGGCACAGAUAAGCUGCAUGCUUAGAAGAUGCGCCAUUGUUUCAAGUCUUCUGGGGUACCACUUGUAACUAGGGUGAAAGUGGUCAAUCCAUUGUUUCAGGUCUUGUUGAGUACACCUUGUAACUAGGGUGAAAGUGGCCAAUCCAUUGUUUCAGGUCUUGUGGAGUACAUCUUGUAACUAGGGUGAAAGUGGCCAAUCCAUUGUUUCAGGUCUUGUGGAGUACAUCUUGUAACUAGGGUGAAAGUGGCCAAUCCAUUGUUUCAGGUCUUGUGGAGUACAUCUUGUAACCAGGAUGAAAAUGUUACUUUCUUUGCUUUGUAAAACCUUAUUCACUUGUCCUGCACGGCAACAGUCGAUGUUCUAACUAAAAAAUAACGUGGUACGACAUUGUUGUAUUUUAAAACUUAUUUUAAUAACGUUAUGUAUAAAAUAUAUUCUAGUCUCAUUCUUCAAAAAAAGAGCGAAAAUUAUUAUUGUUACUGAAGUCAAAAUAUCGACAUAGAGAUUUUGAAUUAUUUAAAGCGAAAUUCAACAGAAUUAACAGUAUUUCCUCAGGCUUUAAAUUUAACAUUGCUUUUAAUAUUUUCAAGAAGAGCUUUGGUGGAAUAAUGAUUAAAUCUAUGUGUGUAACAUUAACAGUCACAAUUUGUUUUUCAAGAGCCUUUGGCAUGAAAAAAAUGAUUUCUAUGACAAAGCACUGAGUUAAGAUCGCGAAAUUUAAGUUACAUCGAGUAUGUACAUUUAAUAAAUUCUAUAGCGUGGUAGUAUUUGGCAGAGAAAAAGGGAUAAUGUUAUUCAGUUUUUAGAAUUAUUUCAUCCGGUCUGUAUGGUGUGGGUUUAUUAGCUAAAAGGUGUUGCAACUAAAUAUCAAUUAAAAUUAUGUUGUAUUUUGCUCUCAACGUUUACUAAAUGUUAUGAUAAUUUAAUGUGUUUCUAUUUUAUCAAAACAGGCAUCUUUCAGUUGAUUUUUGUGCUUAAAAUAUCUUAUAUAUACAACUAUGAUUUUAUAUUGAAACUGUCCAUUAACUCAAUGAACAACAAAAUAGUAUAAACACAUUGAAACAAAAUGAGUUUUUUUAAGGUUAUAAAUUUGCUUAUUUCGAAUAUUAAUUAAUAUUAAUAAAGAGUAAUUAUGUCAAAAUAUCUCAUUUUGUUAUGAGUGGUUUAUGUUAUAUCGUCAGCAGUUUUAUUUUGAUUCUUUUGAUUGAGUCCCAUAGAAAAUAGUUUUUAUAGGGUUAUAUUACUUACAAUAAGCAUUAAACUAUCUGUAUAAUCAAGGCAUAGUAAGUGUUCUUUUACAUGUUUUUUGCUAUUUUAAGUUGGAAGUUCUACCUUAACGAAAAGCUUCCUACGUUUAACCUGUGUAAAUAAUUUUGUUUGUAAUACUUUUUUAGGGAUUAGUUACUUAUUUACUUGGAGAAUGAUGUUAUUAAAGUACAUGUACACAUUGGAUCCGGGAUUGUUUUUAUUGUCAGAUGUAACACCAAUCCAGACUUUUACAACAGUACUGAUGUUGAUGAGACUAACACAUGCCUUAUUGUUUAGAAUUCUAGCAUCAUGAAAGUGCGCCUCCAUAUGGAAUUCUUCCCUAAAACAGUCAUGAAUUAAUAUAUGUGCCGUUGAUUUAUUGUAAACAUUUCAAAUAUCUUAACCAUUUUGCUUCCAUGCAUUAAUCACCAUCCUCAUGUGUUUAACUGAAUUAAUAUAAGGUUAAUUCGUUUGAUAAUGUGUCUUCAGAGAAACAAGUAUCCAAUUUAUAUGUUCCAGGAUUGAACAUUAUAGUUUCCUCAGAAUGAAAAGUUUCCACAGUAUACCUUGCAUAUAGAUAAAUAAAAUAAGUUGUUUAAGUUUCAAAAAAAAAGUUAUCUUAGGAAAAUAUUAUAUUUCUUUGUAUA